AAACAACACAGCAAAAUGGCCUUUCGUAUGCGAAGCUUGAAGAACUUCAUCAGGGAUAUUCGCAACUGCCAGACAAAGGAGUCAGAGGCGACCCGUGUGAUGGAGGAGAUGGCUACUAUUCGUAAUCAAUUCACAAGCGCUAAGCUUUCUGCUGCUGAUCGUAAGAAGUACGUCUGGACCCUUGUCUACAUCUAUCUUCUCGGAUAUGAAAUUGAUAUCGGUCAUAUGGAAGUGAUCACUCUGAUCUCGUCUCCAAACUUCCAAGAGAAACAAGUCGGAUAUCUAGCAGCUGCCGUCUUGUUCAAGUGCACUGAUAAGCUGUUCACUCUGAUUGUGAACUCUAUGAGAAACGAUGUCAUCAACGGCGUGGAGGUGAACCAGAUCCUCGCUCUGUCCGCCGUCGCCAACCUUGGAGGCCGUGACCUUGCCGAAACCCUUCUCGAGGAUAUUCUGCAGCUGGUCCAGAAGAACACCACGACCAACCUGGUCAAGCAGAAGUGCGCUCUGACCCUUCUGUCUCUGUACCGUUCGAGCCCUGAUACCGUGGGAACGCAGUGGGUGGACAAGGUGCUUCCGAUGUUCAACGUGCGUGCCAACUUCGGCUGCGCUCUGUCCGUGUCGGGUCUGCUGGCCAACCUGAUGGGCGCGAUCAAGGAGGAGGAUAUGAUCGACGAGAUCCGCCACACUGCGAUCGGCGUGCUCCGCGCGCUGGUGCUGGAGAAGGCCUGCCCGGACGCCUACAUGUACUACAACGUGGCUUGCCCCUGGCUGGUGGUGAACUGCCUGCGUAUUCUGAAGUCCUGCCCGUACCCCACCAACAAGAAGGAGGUCAACCUGCUGGAGGACGCGCUGCACACCAUUCUGCAGCACAACGAGAUGACCAAGAACCGCAACCACGACAAUGCCACGCACGGAGAGCUGUUCGAGGCUGUGAACCUGAUCAUCUCCUACGAGAACCAGACCGAUCCGGAGCUCCGUGCGUCCGUGGUCAGCUAUCUGGGCCGCUUCAUUAUGUACGAUGAGCCCAACAUUCGCUACCUGGGUCUGGACUACAUGUCUCGCCUUGCCCAGCUGCAGGGAGUGAGCGACAAGAUCAAGAAGCACCAGGACACCAUCAUGCAGUCGCUGGAUGACCCCGAUCUCGCCAUUCGUAAGCGUGCUCUGCACAUGCUCUUCUCGAUGUGCGACGAUGAGAACGCCGAGGAGAUCGUCAAGAAGCUGCUGGAUCACCUGCACAGCAACGAUUACAUGAUCAAGGAAGAAAUGGCUCUGAAGACCGCUAUUCUGGCCGAGCGUUUCCCCAAGGACAACAGCUGGUACUGCGAUGUGAUUGUGGAGCUGAUGCUCUACGCUGGAGACUACGUGUCCGAUGAUAUCUGGCACCGUAUGGUCCAGAUCGUGUCCCAGCAGGAGGACAUCCAGGAGUACGCUGCCCACAAGAUGUACGAGCAGCUGCAGCCCACCAACGUGCACGAGAUCAUGGUUCGCUGCGGAUCCUACAUUCUCGGAGAGUACGCCGAGCUCAUUGCUGACCCCGAGGACGAGGAGAACGAGCCCGUGGAGCCCGAGAACAUUCUGGAGACUCUCCAGAAGCACUACCUGAAGGUGUCUCUGAACACCCAGAUCCUGAUGAUGACCGCCUUCGCCAAGCUGCUGGUGCAGUUCGAGGAGCUGGAGGACGAAAUCCGCGGUCUGUUCGAGCAGAACCUGUCGCACAUCGAUUCGGAGAUGCAGCAGCGCGUUGUGGAGUACAACGCUCUGGCCGAUUCCGAUAUCAUGGAGGACAUUCUGGACCAGAUGCCUCCGUUCUCGGAGGAUCGUGAGAACGUGCUGGAGUUGAAGCUCAAGGCUCCUGAGGAAGAAGAGGAAGAGGAGGAGGAAGAGGACGACAGCGACGACGAUGAUGAUGAUGAUAGCGAUGACGACGAUGAUGAGGACGAGGACGAGGACGAGGACGAGGACGAGGACGAGGACGAAGAUGAGGACGAGGAUGAGGAGGAAGAGGAAGACGAGGACGAGGAGGCCGAGGGCAUUGACGACGAUGUGGCCGAGAUGAUGCCCGCCUGGUUCAACAACUGCGUGAUGAAGAACAAGGCGGUUCUGUACAAGGACGAGCGCAUCCAGGUGGGAGUCACCAAGGACGUGCAGGGCUCCACUGCGCGCUUCAACAUGUUCUACAGCAACAAGUCGGGAGCCGCGAUGAAGAACUUCAGCGCGGAGAUCGAGUCGGAGGAGGGCGGUCUGGCUCUGGACGCCACCGAGGUGGCGGACAGCAUCGCUGCGGGCGCCAACGCGAAGCAGCAGAUCACGGCGACGUGCAACAAGCCGUUCACUGCGAGCCCCACGCUGACGGUGAGCUUCACGGUGAAGGGCAAGAGCUACGCGCUGCCGAUCGAGUUCCCCAUCGUGGCGGUGACGUUCUGCACGGCGAACGAGCUGGACGCGGACACCUUCCAGCAGCGCUGGUCGAACCCCGCGCUCCAGGAGAAGGAGGCCAAGGAGACCUUCCGCGCGGGCGAGGAGAAGGACGUGAGCUCGCUGGAGGAGCUGCUGCCCGCGCUGGGCUUCAGCAUCGUGGAGGGCGUGGACGAGUCCGCGAACAAGGUGUACGCGGCGGGAACCUUCGUGACGAGCAAGGUCGCCGCUUCGGGCAAGCCGGUCACUGUCGGAGUGCUCUGCCUGUUUGAGUGGGCCAAGGCCAAGAGAGCCUUCCGUCUUACUGUCCGCGCCUCCAAUGCCGUCGUCGCUGCCGCUUGCAAGGAUCAUUUGAAGGCUGAGCUGGAAUAAGCAGCAACAAGUGGAAGUCGAAGUAUUGCU